UAGUAAUUGAAACAUGAUUUAAAGUUUGGUUAGCUAACAAUCCAUUCUAAAAAUACAUCUGAUUGAUAUGUUUAUUUAAUUAUGAUAUUGAUACUUGUUUUUUCCUUAAAAUAAUACUUUGGAAUAGUUUGUACUAGACAGUUUUGUAACGUGGUUGACGGGUAUUACACUGAAAUGUCGCAAGUUAAAGAUGGUUGUGAAAAUUCGAAUGUUGAAGAUGACGGAUCGGAUAAAGAAAGUCACGAAAAUAUAUCAAGUUUAGAAAAAGCAGAGAAAACUUUCGACGAAUUAACUUUGACGGAAAACACUGAAUUAGGCAGGAAAGAAAACCAGGAAGUUGAAAAAGAAGAGUUAUGUGAUGAAGGCGACGGUUUACUAAAGCCAUUGAGGAAACUAGGUUCUGCAAUUAUAAAGAAAAUAGGCUCAAAAACAAUAGAAAUAGAACCGUACACUACGACUCAAGAGAAUUGGACAUACAGUGCUAUUUCUGAUGAAAGAAGAAAAGAUGACGGUGAGACGGCAAAAUCAGAAGAAGAUAUCCCAAAAAAUGAUGAAAAGACUGUUGAUAUAACAGAGAGCGAUCAUUACAAUUUCACACACCAAAAACGAGGAUAUUUGCUGCUUAUCAUCAAUGAAAAGUUCUAUAAUCAGGCUACCAGAACAGGAGCUCAUUUAGAUUUAAUUAAAAUGAAAGAAAUUGCCAAAAAGUUUGGCUUUGAAAUUCUAAAUAAUGGUGCCGAAACAAAUAUGACGCAGUCUGAGACUUUGAACUGGCUAAACAAGGCUCAAACCAUGGACCAUUCUGAAUGUGAUUGCUUCAUGUUUAUGAUAAGUACGCAUGGAUUGGAGCAACGAAACCCGAGAAUGGGCGGAGGUUUUGACCACGCCCUUGUUUGCGCAGACGAUAAACUCAUAUUUACCAGCUCAAUAGUUGAAAUGUUUAAUGAAACCAACUGCCCAAGUUUGAAAGGAAAACCAAAGAUAUUCAUAGUUCAAGCAUGCAGAGGAAAUAUGGUGGACCAUGGAAGUGACUUGAAAAUAUCCAUUGACGGUGGGAAAUUUAGCAGCAAUGUGAAAGAUAGGAAAGCCAAGUCUGACCAAGUAAGUCACGAGCCAUCUGACGUAACUGACACAAAAGGUGCGCCGGAUUCAUGGCACAAAGAAAACUUACGCGGCAUAGAAACGCCAUAUUUGAAAUGUCACAUUGACAUGCUGAUUAUGUACGCCAUUCCCCCGGGGAUGCUGGCAUGGAGAAACACGUCUGCUGGGUCGUGGAUGAUUAAUUAUAUGCAUGAAAUUCUCAUGGAUUAUGAUAUGGAAGCCCCUAAAUGUUUUCUUAAAGAUUUGACAAAAAUUUCAAGAAAAAUGGCUCGUCGGUCAACAGAUACGCCAUCAAUGCCGGAAUUUCACGAAAAGAAAGCUGUUCCGGUAAUUGAGCACAUGCUUACACGUGAUAUUCUAUUCUCUUUAAAACAUUAGUUACUAUUAGAUAAUCAAAAAUCAUUUAGAUGGUAAACUAACGCUUUGAGCCACAAAAAAAAUCAAUGUUGCCAAGAUCUUCAGGGAGGUAACUAGAGUAAAAUUUAGAAAUCUCUAAAGAAUGCUGGCAAGUAUUAUUUCCCUUGGUAAUUUUUCAAACUUUUUAAAGUUAUAGUUUUAAUAUUUUUAGUCAGCAUUAAUGAAAUAUUUUAUGAAAUGCUAAGUAUGUUCUGGAGAACUUAAGAGUCAACGCCUUUGCCAAAUAUUUUAUUACUAUGUAUGGUAGGUGUCACUUCAUGUAAACAUGCAUACAUGUAUUUGUAUAUAUUUUGGUAAUAAAUAUGAUAAAUUGUU